AAAUGUCCAACUUAACAGUGGAUGACUGGUUAAAUCUAGCCCCUUGUCCUCCGUACUGGAACCCGGGGCUGUUGUACUGGACCCCCUACCCUGUAAACCUGACCGAGGGGGAGGUACAGAAGAUCGCGGAGAGAUGUAAUGUGCCCCCUAAGGACAAGCUGAUCAUGAGUUCAUCCGUACGGAACGCAUCGAGUGUGUUGCUUCCGGUGUUAGUCUCGGUCUCUGUGGUUUUAUUGGGGAUUUUGAUUGCUGUGUUGGUCUAUAGUUACAAGCACAAGAAACACAAGACAGGGGAUAGCUGUAUCCAGGGAUCUAAGUGUGAUUUACUGGAGGAGAGGCAGGACCAUGGUAACAAGGGCUGUGACAAUGAUACAUACAAAGAACUGAAGACUGAAGAGUUACCACAUUCUGACAAAAUAAACUCACAACAAGGUCUUCAGAAUUUAUCACAUUCUUACAAUAUAAAUACAAACCAGGGGCUACAGACUUCCAAAUAUCAGACCAAAGAUGGCAAAGUAACCAUAGAAAACAGAGCGUUUCCAUGACAGAUGGUUAAAUGAGUGUAACACAUAUUUCGGCAAUGGAUAAUCAAUGUCUAAUUUGUGGAAAACAUAUCCUCUUACAUAUCAGCUUUGUUGUAUGUUUUGCAACAAAGUUCCGUGCACUUAUGAACAAUGACAAUGUCUUGUUCUAAGUUGUCAUUUCAAUAAUUGUUAAUAUGUUAUUUUUGGGUAUGUUUUUCGCCAGUUUACCAUAAAGAUCAAAAUUCAUCCCUGGCUUCUUCCAUUGUUAUCUUUUUGAUUGUAUGUUGUUAUUUUCAUGUUACUUGUAUUAAUUAAAAUUAUUAAAUGUUCAAAGAG